UGGCCGAAACUUGAAAUUCUUGGAAAAAAAUCGAAGACGACCUUCUCUCUCUGUCUCUCUCACUCUUAUUAUCGAACAAAAAAAAAAGUUUAAAUUAAAGUAUAUUAAAAAAAUACGGAAAAAAUGAGCGGUCCAGUCGCGAUGUACACAUUAAAACCAAUAAUGUCCGAUAUUAAUUUAAAAAUAGAAAAAAAUGUGAUGUACGAAAUGAAUAAUAUUCACGAGAUUCAACAUAAAAUAAUUGCCAACGAUGACGUUGUCCACCAUUCAUCCAACGAGGACACAAUUGUCACAGAAAUUAAAGAGCAGGUUACAAAACUUUUAAAGGAAAAUUGUUCGGAAUUGAAUAUUUUGGAGGCGCGACAGGAGAAAAUUUUAUCUCAAUUGGCAGAAAUUAAGCAACAAGUCGCUAUCUUUCGCGAUGUAUUGAAACAAUCAAAUUCAAAUUCAAUAGUAAAAACAUCAACAGUUCAUACUGUUCACAAUCCAGUGACAGUUGACAUUAUUCUAAGUGCAAAUCCAAAAAACCCGCCAUUCUCAAUUUUAGCCUUGACGAAAAUUUGGAAGGAUUCCAUUUUUCAAAUUCAAUCACACACUCAUUCGUCUAUUAAUGAAAGUGUUCCGGAAUUUUCACUAAAUGAUAAUAAGGAAAAUAAGACGCAAAAAAAUUGCAUAAAUUUGAGAUUAAUAUGGAAAGAUGUUCCGGAUGUGAGAUUAAAUUGCGGCCUAACAAAAUGCCCAAUUGACGGCGAAGUGAAUUUUCUACGUUAUCUAUGUCGUGUUGUAAAAAGUCAUUCCUACGAAAAUUCAAAUUCAUCAAUUGAAGAAAUAACUCGAAUUGAUUCGAUUUUAGAUUUUUGUCAUUCAUCAAUGUUUGAAACGACGCGACAAGUGGAAAAAGCAAUUUUACGAUUAAAUGAACAUUUGACAAAAGGCCCAUGGCUUUUAAAUAAAAGUGAACCCUCAGUUAUUGACAUGGCCGUAUGGUCUCUCAUCAAACGGUUAAAUUUAAAAUUACAAUCACCAUCUCUUGCGAAAUGGUUUCAAGAGUGUGAAAAAAAGUUUGUCUAAAAUAUUAUUAUUAGCUAAAAAAGGAAAUGAAGACAAUUUUAAUUUGUACAUAUUUAUAUAUCUAUUAAUCUAAUUGCGACAAAUAGGGGUUUUUUUUAAAAAAAAAUUUUCUUUAAGAAGUGUAUAGAAAAUAAAAUAUUUUACAAUUUU